UUUUGAUAUUCAAUAAUUUUCUCAACAUAACAUUAUUCUCUUUGUUUAUCAAACGUGUUGACUUAAACAAAUGGAUUUGUAAAUAUUCAAAACAAAAUGAAGUUAUCAAUAUGUUUGUUUUAUUUAACUAUUUCAAGUUCAGCAAAUGCUUACUUGGAAACAGUGAUUCCUGACAGAAAAAAAGCGUUUGAUUUAAAUCUGUACCAAGAUGUACUGGACCCGCAGAAAUGUCAAGAGCAAAUCAGGAUUGUGUUUAAUAAUUCGUCUGUUCUGAAUCAAUUUUUGGAUGCUGGCAUCAGAACACCAAGGGGGAUACUUAAAGGGAAUCUUGUUGACUUAGGAAAUUAUCACCAAUGUUUAGAGAUAAACGAAAAUAUAGAAAAUACUAACAUUGAAGGAAAAUACUGUAAAAUAUCGGUGCCUCUGGAACAAGAAAUAAACUGGCCGCCUUCUUUGUCCAAUAUAACUUUUCCUGAAAACGUUACGUGGCCUGAACUACCUUGGACUGGAAUGAGCUCAUACAAAAACCGCCUUACUGAAGUAAACAUUGAUCAAUUGAGAAAACUUCAAGUAUUUAAGACUGAGAUUAGGCUAAUGAAUUUUGAUGAUGCUUUAGGGCCGUUAGCAACUAACUUGGAUGUCACUUUAGCCAUAUGCAUUCCGAAGCCGUGUACUUCUCGCGAAGUUCUGAGUAACUUCCUGGGAAGUUUGGAGGAUUUAGGACUGCAGUACACAGAGAGUUCUUGUAGAUUACCCAAUGAUAAAAAGUGGGUUGCGGCUGACUUUACAGCUAUUGUCAUUUUCUCAUUGCUCGGCAUUUUGACUAUCAUCAGCACCAGCUAUGAUGUUCGUCAGUCUGUUGUUCUCAAGCGAGAUCCAAAAUCAGUGAACACUUUACCAAUCUUUCUCCGUGUAUACAAAACAAGGAGAUUAGUUACAUACACCCCUGUCCCUGGAGCUUUGGAGUGUCUGGAUGGAAUACGAUCUCUUGCAAUGAUCUGGGUUAUCAUUGGACACACCUUCUCAAAUCAAAACAGUGGGGCUCAUAUGGCAAAUCCACUUGAUAUGCUGAAUUGGGUUGUGUCCUACAAAGCCUUAUGGAUUACAACUGCUCCGAUCACUGUGGACACAUUCUUCAUGAUGAGUGGACUUCUCUUGGUCUACACUACAGCUGGAAAAGUGACUAGAAUGAAGUUCAUCAAGAACAUCCACAUGUUCUACCUGAAUCGUCUUCUACGUCUUUUACCCGUGUCAGCAGCAGUUGUUCUCCUUCAGGCGUCAAUCUUCAACCGAGUGACUGACGGCCCAAGUUGGGAAAUGGUCGCUCAUCAAACGGAAAUGUGCCGAGAAUAUUGGUGGCCUACGCUGCUAAACAUACAAAAUUACUACAGCCCUAGCAGUAUGUGUGUACCUCACUUGUGGUACCUAGCUAUAGACUUCCAGGUGUUUCUGAUAUCACCAAUUAUUCUAUUCUGGGUGGUCAGCGGUAGAAAGCGGAGUGCGUGGUUAGCUCUAAGCGCUGGUCUCGCAGCUUCUUUAAUAGCAUCCUCAAUAUUUAACUUUAUAAGAGAUUUUCCUUCUUCAUCUAUUAAUUUGUCACGGUUAGAUGACCAACUAGCAUACACACAGCACUACUACAUAAACACAUUGACCAGAUGUCCUCCAUUUUUCGUCGGAAUGAUUUAUGGAUAUGUCCUCCAUGUGAAUAAGGGAAAGAAGUUACGAAUCCCAAAGAUGCAAUCUUUAGCCUUGUGGAUUCUGGCUAUAGGCAUCAUCGUUACAGUCGUAUUUACUACACAUACUAUCAUACAACUCGACUGGGACAACCAGUUGGCGGAUAACUUCAUCAACUCGUUCAUGAGACCCGUCUGGGCCUUGAGCAUUGGAUGGAUUAUAUUCGCUUGCUCUAAGGGUUAUGGAGGUCCUGUGAAUUGGGUUUUAUCUCUUCGUAUGUGGAAACUCCUCAGCCGUCUCUCCUACGCGAUGUACGUCAUCCAUUAUCCAUUGAUUUUGGUACACAAUGGGUCUGCCCUUGCGCCUAUAUACUUCUCUGUGGAAUACUCAAUUCACAGAUUCACUACGGACUUCAUUAUAACGGUGGUUUCAGCAUUUCUCGUCACAUUGUUUGUGGACUCGCCGAGCUCUACCCUCAUCAAGAUGUUCUUAGGAGGUCCUAAAAGACCAGCCAAGGAACAAACAGAUAUGCAGGAUCAGAGAAGGGACGUUAAUAUAGUAAUCAGUCCAAAUGAAAUAGCAAAAUAAGUUAAUAAGCUGACAUAAGACGUCUACUUCUCGAUCGGGAUGGCAAGAAAAAUCGUAAUGAUCUGUUGUAUAUUAAGGUCAUAUUAAAUGAGCUAGGGUUGUAUACUAUUAAAUUAAAUCAGUAUCAAAAUUAUAGUAAGAUAUUUUUCAUAUAUUAUCGUCAUAAGAAGAUUUUAUUUAGCAUAAAUUGUUAGUGUUUGAAAAUUUGGCUUUAUUGUAUUUAAAGUAAUCUAGUGACCUGACUGAAAUUAUAUGUAUUUAUGUGCAUGUUGUUAAUAAAUUUAGUUUUGAAGA